AACUUGCAGCUAGAUGUUUGUUUUGGUUGCGAGGUUGAUUAGUUUAGCCGCGUUAAAAGGUCGUUAGUGUAUUCUAUCCUACGAGAAGAUGGAGGAAUUCGACGAGGAAAGGACGUGGGAGGAAGGCGAUGCCGAUUCGCCUCUGGGCGAAGACCAGGAGGCCCUCGUGGAAGGGAUUCAACAGGAGUGCAUCGAGAAGUUCAGCAGUCUGGACUUCAUCAUGGAGCCCGGCAUAUUUGCCCAGCUGAAGCGUUACUUCCAGGCGGGCGGCAACCCGGAGCAAGUUGUAGACCUGCUGCUCGAGAACUACCAGGCGGUUGCCCAGACGGCGAACCUUCUGGCCGAAUGGCUCAUCAUGGCAGGGAUGAAGAUCACCGAGGUUCAGGGCCUGGUGGAGGACCACCUGAAGCAGAUGAUACUGAAGCACUUUGACCCCAAAAAGGCCGACUCCAUCUUCAACGACGAGGGUGAGACGCCCGCCUGGCUGACUGAGAUGAUUGAGCACCCCACCUGGCGUUCGCUCAUUUACAAGCUGGCCGAGGAGUACCCCGACUGCCUCAUGCUCAACUUCACCAUCAAGCUCAUCUCGGAUGCUGGAUUCCAGGCAGAAAUUACGUCCAUCUCAACAGCCUCACAGCAGCUGGAGGUGUUCUCACGUGUGCUACGAGCUGCCACUGAUAACUUCCUCGAAGGCGGCGAGGAGCGCAUGAGCCAGAAUCUGUCCGAGCUGACGCGCAUGGUUUGCCAUGGCGAGCACACCUACCUGUACAGCCAGUCCGUGCUGCACACCCUUGCACAGGAGCCCCGUGGUGGUUCAAACGUCAAGCGGCUGGCGCAAGAGAUCAGUCGGUACGCGCAGCGCACAGGUCACGACCCGACGCCCAUCACGAUGGCAUUGAACGGCGCAGCGGCCUACCCGCGUGCCUGCCAGGCCCUGUCGGCGAUGCUGUCGCGCGACGCGCUGAACCCAGCCGACGUGACGGUGCUGCACAAGAUGUACCAGACGCCCGACCCGCCGCCCGUCGAGCUGCUGCGCGAGCCCCACUUCCUGGACCUGCUUCUGGAUGCCCUGUUCCGGCCGGGUUCGCGGCUCAAUCCCGAGCAUCGACCCAAGUACGUGUACCUGCUCGCGUACGCGGGCAGCGUGUACGAGACGCGCCGCAAGGGGGUGCGCAAGUCCCUAAACAGAGACGAGCUGCGUGCCACGCAGCAGGCGGUGGAGAAGGUGCACAUGUUGUGCCAGGAGCGUCGCGGCUCGUCGGAACUGGUGCCCGAGCUCGGGGCGCUGUUCCAGGCAAUGCGGUAUCCCGUGGUGGCUCUUGGAGUGGUACACUGGGUGGAACACACCGUGUCCGACCCUUCCUACUUCAAGUUGAGCACCGAGCACACGCCGCUACACCUGGCGUUGCUCGACGAGGUGGUCGUCUGCCACACUACCCUGCACCAGAAGGUGCUGGACCUUCUGGUGCGACUCUUCGAGUCCCCACCGCAUGAGGAGCUGGACGUGCUGGUUCAGCUGGAGCGGCGCAAGAUGCUCUUGGAUCGAAUGGUGCACCUGCUGAGUCGCGGGUGUGUCGUGCCGGUCGUCAGCUACGUUCGGGCCUGCUGGGAGCGGCAGGACACCGACGUGUCCCUCAUUCGUUACUUCGUCACCGAGGUGCUAGACGUCAUCGCACCUCCGUACACGCCCGAGUUCGUCCAGCUGUUCCUUCCCUUGGCCGAAAGCGAGGAAAUCACGGGUGGGCUGCGCGGUGCGGCCGCGACCGCAGAAAGCAGCGGCGCUUCGGGCGGUGGGGGUGGCAGUGGUGAGGGAGACGCAGUCUCCGAGUUUGUGGUGCACUGCAAGGCAAACUACAUUGUCAUGAGUUGAGCAGUGCUGUUCUUCUGUGCAGGUACCUCCCGUAUAGACUCGUGUAAGAGCUGCAUCCUUAU